UUUCUCCAAGCACAAAUCUUCUUCAUAGUCCUUCUCUACUGCUGCUACUGUAUUUAUCUUCUCCUAUCUAUAUUUUCGCGGCAAAAGAAGUAAAGUAAAAUUCUAGGGUUUUGAAUUUCAUUGAUCAAUUCAAAGUUUCAAGAAAUUAUUUUUGCAAGUAGUUGUUUAUGAUCGUCGCUUGAUUUUGCUUGGUAAAAGUUUAUUUUGUUGAACAAGAAGAAUUGUAAUAACUAAAUAGAAUUGGAAUCGUUUUGAUUAAUCGAUUGGUCGAUGGAAGACUACUUGAGCGACGGUGAGGAUUAUUACUGUUCGUCCGAUCAGUACUCCCUCGACGGUCUCGACAAUGUAGACUCCGAUUGCCAGGGGUCUGCUUCCAAGAGUCCCACUUCCAAGGUUAUUACAAAAGAAUCACUUUUAGCUGCGCAGGGAGAGGAUUUACGGAGAGUGAUGGACAUGCUAUCUAUAAGGGAGCACCAUGCGCGGUCUUUACUAAUCCAUUACCGGUGGGAUGUCGAGAAGUUACUUGCCGUGCUCGUGGAGAAAGGAAAAACCGACUUGUUUGCCUCGGCAGGUGUUUCCGUUGUCGAGGUUGCAGGAACCGCGUUGUCAUUGUCAUCUACAUCAACGUGUGACAUAUGUAUGGAGGAGUUAGCUGCUGACGAGAUGACCAAGAUGGAAUGUGGCCAUGGCUUUUGCAACGGCUGUUGGACGGAGCAUUUUGUUGUGAAAAUUAAUGAAGGUCAGAGUAGGCGCAUUAGGUGCAUGGCACACAAAUGCAAUGAUAUUUGUGACGAGGCUGUAGUGAGAAAUCUAGUUGGUAAAAUGCAUCCCGAUCUAGCAGAGAAAUUCAAUCGUUUUCUUCUCGAGUCUUACAUAGAAGAUAAUAAGAUGGUUAAAUGGUGCCCUAGUACUCCUCAUUGUGGAAAUGCAAUACGCAUCGAGGAUGAUGCAUUAUGUGAGGUAGAGUGUUCUUGUGGUCGGCAGUUUUGUUUCAGUUGCUUAUCGGAACCACACUCACCGUGUUCGUGUAUGAUGUGGGAGCUUUGGUCUAAUAAGUGCCUAGAUGCGUCUGAAACGGUAAAUUGGAUCACUGUUAAUACAAAACCCUGCCCAAACUGUGAGAAACCUGUGGAGAAGAAUGGUGGAUGUAAUCAUGUGAGUUGUAUCUGCGGUCAAGCAUUUUGUUGGCUGUGUGGGGAAGCUACUGGGAAGCGUCAUAAUUGGACAAGUAUUUAUGGUCACAGCUGUGGUAGCUACAAAGAAGACCUAGAAAAGAAGACUGAACAAGCGAAGCGUGAUCUCCAUCGAUACACGCACUAUCAUGACCGUUAUAAAGCUCAUACAGAUUCUUUUAAGCUCGAGGGUAAACUCAGGGAGACUAUGUUGGAGAAGAUAUCGAUUUCGGAAGAAAAGGAGUGGAGGCUUAGAGAUUUCAGCUGGGUAAAUAAUGGACUCUACAGACUUUUCAGAUCAAGGCGGAUUCUUUCAUAUUCGUACCCAUUUGCAUUCUACAUGUUUGGGGAAGAAUUAUUCAUGGAUGACAUGACAAAUGAGGAAAGGCAAAUAAAACAGAAUCUAUUUGAGGAUCAGCAACAGCAACUUGAGGCAAAUGUUGAGAAACUCUCAAUGAUUUUGGAAGAGCCCUUUGAUAAAUACGCUGAUGAUAAAGUUAUGGAGAUAAGACUGCAAGUGAUUAAUCUUUCCGCCAUCACCGAUUUCCUUUGCAAGAAAAUGUAUGAAUGCAUUGAGAAUGAACUAUUGGGAUCUCUCCAAUGUGCGACACAUAAUAUAGCUCCGUACAUAUCUGAGGGCAUCGAGAAAGCAUCCGAGCUUGAUGUCUGUUGGAACAGUGAAGCCGGUACUACUAUUGAGAAAUCUGUUUCAUCCGAUUGUGGCACGAGUGUCAAACAUGACCGACCUUUCAACUUAUGGAGUUCGGAAGGCAGUGGUUAUCGAUCACAGAAGCGACCUAAAAAGUAGAGUUAAGGUGCUCUUUGAGUUGCAGCAGCUGAAGUUCUUGAUAGGAUUGAUC